AUGUACUCCAAAAUCUUAUCAGUACUUGCCCUCGCCGCCUUCACCCAAGCAGGUGUUUUGGACUAUGGUCAUGCCAGUUCAUACUCUUCAUCUCAUGUAGCAGCUCCAGCUGUAUCCCAUGGAUACCAAGCCCCAGCCUAUGCCAAAGAAGCUCAUCAUGAAGAUUACUAUGCACACCCCAAAUAUGAAUUCAACUAUGGAGUUCAAGAUGGCCACACUGGUGAUCACAAAUCCCAACACGAAACCCGUGAUGGUGACGUAGUCAAGGGAUACUACACCGUUGCCGAAGCUGAUGGUACCCUCAGAACCGUCCACUACACCGCCGAUGACCACAACGGUUUCAAUGCUGUUGUAGAAAACUCUGGACACCCUACACACCCAGCACCAGCCCAUGGCCCCGCUCAGCACGCCGCCCCAGCUUACUACCAUCAUUAAUGUUGACUGAUUUUUGUUUAAAUUAUUUAUUUAUUUAUUGUUGAAAAAAUGUGUUGAUUAG